UCUUAACCACUAGACUACCACCCAGUUACUGACCCUACCUCUUAACCACUAGACUACCACCCAGUUACUGACCCUACCUUUUAACCACUAGACUACCACCCAGUUACUGACCCUACCUCUUAACCACUAGACUACCACCCAGUUACUGACCCUACCUCUUAACCACUAGACUACCACCCAGUUACUGACCCUACCUCUUAAUCACUAGACUACCACCCAGUUACUGACCCUACCUCUUAACCACUAACACCCAGUUACUGACCCUACCUCUUAACCACUAGACUACCACCCAGUUACUGACCCUACCUCUUAAUCACUAGACUACCACCCAGUUACUGACCCUACCUCUUAACCGCUAGACUACCACCCAGUUACUGACCCUACUUCUUAACCACUAGACUACCACCCAGUUACUGACCCUACCUCUUAACCACUAGACUACCACCCAGUUACUGGCCCUACCUCUUAACCACUAGACUACCACCCAGUUACUGGCCCUACCUCUUAACCACUAGACUACCACCCAGUUACUGACCCUACCUCUUAACCACUACCACCCAGUUACUGACCCUACUUCUUAACCACUAGACUACCACCCAGUUACUGACCCUACCUCUUAACCACUAGACUACCACCCAGUUACUGACCCUACCUCUUAACCACUAGACUACCACCCAGUUACUGACCCUACCUCUUAACCACUACCACCCAGUUACUGACCCUACCUCUUAACCGCUAGGCUAUCUGCCACCCCCGGAGUAAGCAGAACAUCUAAAGCUGUUUACUCAAGACGGGGCCCUGAUCUCCAGGACUCGAUAGAGGAAGCAGUGGUGAAAAAAAGAGGCAGGCGAGGUGGCCUCCUGUAACGGCUGUCCUCGCUGACAGGGUUCCUGUAACGGCUGUCCUCGCUGACAGGGUUCCUGUAACGGCUGUCCUCGCUGACAGGGUUCCUGUAACGGCUGUCCUCGCUGACAGGGUUCCUGUAACGGCUGUCCUCGCUGACAGGGUUUCUGUAACGGCUGUCCUCGCUGACAGGGUUCCUGUAACGGCUGUCCUCGCUGACAGGGUUCCUGUAACGGCUGUCCUCGCUGACAGGGUUUCUGUAACGGCUGUCCUCGCUGACAGGGUUUCUGUAACGGCUGUCCUCGCUGACAGGGUUUCUGUAACGGCUGCCCUCGCUGACAGAACGAGAGGACCAAAACGCAGAGUGGUUAGUGUUCAUAUUUACUGAAAAUCAACAAAACACUUCAAAAUACAAAACAACCAACAAACGUGACAAAACCGAAACAGUCCUGUGUGGCAAAAAACCUGACACAGGAACAAACACCCACAAAACACACGUGAAACCCAGGCUGCCUUAGUAUGAUUCUCAAUCAGGAACAACGAUUGACAGCUGCCUCUGAUAGAGAAUCAUACCCGGCCAAACACAAACAUCCCAACAUAGAAAAUCACACAUAGACAAACCCACCCCAACUCACGCCCUGACCAUACUAAAUAAAUACAAGACAAAAGAAAACAAGUCAGGAACGUGACACCUCCAAACGAGAUUUUAUCUGCGAACAAAUAAACCGCCUGUUCUGUCGGCAAAUGUGCAGUCACUGGAAAAGAGACUUGAUGAUCUCCGUUUGAGACUAUCCUAUCAACGGGACGCGAACAACAGUAAUAUCAGUUUCUCGGAGUCUUGGCUCAACAAGGACAUGGAUAAUAUGUACCGGACGGAAGCCUCGGAUAAGGCGGGGGAAGGGUGUGUCACUUUGUUUACAGCAAGUGGUGCACGAUCUCUAAUGUUAAGAAAGUCUCAAGUUUUUACUCGCCCGAGUUAGAAUACCUCAUAAUAAACUACAGGCCAUACUAUUUUUCGUUGCUGUCGAUUUUCCCACCACAAACCGAUGCUGGCACUAAGACCGCACUCAAUGAGCUGUAUAGGACCACAAGCAAACAAGAAAACACAUCCAGAGGCUGCACUUCUCAUGGCCAUUGAUGCAUUUAAUGCCCUCCAUCGCCUUCCCUUUGGCACAUCUGACCAUAACUCUAUCCUCCUGAUUCCUGCUUACAAGCAAAAACUCUAACAGGGAAGAACCAGUGAUGCGCUCAAUACGGAAAUAGUCAGAUGAAGCGGAUGCUAUGCUACAGGACUGUUUCGCUAGCACAGACUGGAAUACGUUCCGGGAAGCGUAAAACAGGAAAAGCGUCAACACAGGACUAAGAUUGAAUCCUACUAUGCGCGUCAGAUGUGGCAGGGCUCACUACAAAGAGCUGCCAGGUGACGUGAGCCUACCAGACAAGAUAAAUGCCUUCUAUUCUCGUAUCAAGGCAAGCAACACUGAACCGUGCAUGAGAAAACCAACUGUUACGGAUGACUGUGUGAGUAAGACCUUAAAACAGAUUAACAUUCACAAGGCCACAGGGCAAGAUCGAUUACCAGGACGUGUACUUAGAGCAUGUGCUGAUCAGCUGGCAAGUAUUUUGACUGACAUUUUCAACCUCUCCCUGACAAAGUCUGUAAUACGAACAUGUUACAAGCAGACUGUUAGAGCCGAUUUGGGCAUAUUUGUAUAAAAGACUGAACAUACUGAGCUCCAUGUACAUUUGUGUAAAUAUAUUAAAUAUGAAUGUAUAUGAUGAAAUAUUAGGUAUGUACCUUUUAUGAUUUAUUUACCUGAUUGAGAUAUAUUCAUUUGUAAUUAGUGUAACUCAGUUUUUGCCCCCCCCCCCCCCCCACUCUUGCCCAUUCAUUGUACUGUGUUAAUUGUGUUAGUAUAAAGGCAGGAAGUUGGGCCUUCGGGGGGAGGAGUCCUUGCUAGAUGCGGGAGCGGUAUAGUUUUUUGACCAUACAGACAUACAGACAUAUAGACAUACAGACAUACAUACAGAAAGACAGACAGGUCAUAUUAUAUUAUGUAUUUGCAUUUCAAGUCAUCUCUGCUUUAAGUUGAUUGGAGAAUACCUUUUUGUUAGAUAAGAAGAAUAAACAUUUUUUGUUGCACCAUAUCCCUGGAUCACAUUGAAUGUUUAGCCGUUUGGAAACGUUGAGUGUGGACUGUAUGCGUACGAAACAACCCCGCUUCAGGCUUGGGCAGUGGCUACGGUAAAGAGGAAAGGAAGCCACUACACAGACCACCAUAGUCCCUUUGCCCAAGAACGCCAAGGUAACCUGUCUGAAUGACUUCUGACCCAUAGCACUCACAUCUGUAGUCAUGAAAUACUUUGAAAGGCUGGUCAUGGCUCACAUCAACCCCAUCAUCCCAGACACCCUGGAACCAUUCCAAUUUGCAUACCGCCCCAACAGAUCCACAGAUGAUGGAAUGGCUGUUGCGUUCCACACUGACCUUUCCCAUCUGGACAAGAGAAACACCUAUGUGAAAAUCGUGUUCAUUGGCUAGUGUGGUGGUUAAUUUCUUUAUUAUCAAAUGAGGAGAGACAAACUUAUCACACAAGUCAGAGUGUCACUUAAACUGAAUCUUUAUUAGCGAGAGCUUUGCGAUAGCGGUGGCUGGUCGACGAAUCACCCUCUGAUGAUUCGUUGAGAGCCACAACACAAAGGCUACUGAGAUAUUUUAUAGCAAAGAUCCACCCCUUAGUCGACAUAACAAACUACAAAUGUUUGGAAUGUUUGGAACAAGGUGAGACUUUUUAAAUGAGAAAGAAGUAUCACGUAGCCAGAUAGCAUUCGCUAUAAAUUAUCGUUCAGUUUGGUCCCUAAGACGAGGUUCUAAUCUCGUUCCUGGUACUUCAUAGUACAAAAACACCAACUCAUCCAAUGGCAUAAAUCAAUUGUCAACUCCAGAUACCCCCAUCUCAAGUAAAACCCCUUCUUGACCCCACUCCUGGACAAGCUCACUGAGGGGAGUGAGCCUCUAGCUCAUACACUAUCCCAGGAUAAGUGCAACAUCAGAGGUGACAUACAAUGGUUCCAGACACUAUCGCACACAUCCCCCAAUGCCAAAGGAGGGAGUGACUGGCGCACAGACAUUGUGGAGACAAGUAAUUGGUUCCCCAUUAAUCAGAACAUCCCUUCACAUGGUUUAAGAAUAGGUAAAGACACAUUCACAUAUGAAGACAAUGUUCCCUCCUGUCCUCUUCCCUUUCUGAUAUUCUGCAUAGCACCAGGGACAUGUGAAAGACAAGACUGACCUCUCCCCUCUCUGGGCCCCAGGUGACUGAGCCCCAGCUGAGGGAGGAAGUGCAACUGCCAAAACCAGAGUCCGGAGGGAUACAUUCUAAUAACAACUCAGCGUUCAACACCAGAGUGCCCUCCAAGCUCAUCACUAAGCUCAAGACCCUGGGAUUGAACACCUCCCUGUGCAACUGGAUCCUGGACUUCCAGACAGGCCACCCCCAGGUGGUGAGGGCAUAGAGACCCUUCCUCCCGCCUGUCCUGGACAGAGAGUUCCUGCCUGGCCUCCAUUAUGCCACAGAACCAAUCAGGACAGAGCUCUGACAUCCUCAGUCAGGAUGUGUUCAACCAGCUACUGGAGAUGCUAGAUCAGUCAGCGUUCCACUCGUCGCAGCCCAUAGAGUUGAACUUCUCAGACAGCCCAGCAGACGGAGACGGACCCGCAGGGAAUACCAUCCAGAUCAGCAUGGACUGCAUCACCAUGCAUGAGGGUCAGGAACCACUUUCGUCCCAGUAUACCAACCUGGGCCUACUGAACAGCAUGGAUCAGAACAUCCAAAAUGGCGGCUCUACCUCCACCAGUCCCUACAACAACGACCAUGUCCAGAACAACGUGUCAGCUCCUUCACCCUACGCCCAGCCCAGCUCCACCUUCGACGCCAUGUCCCCCUCCCCAACUAUCCCCUCCAACACAGACUACGCUGGGACACACACCUUCGACGUCUCCUUCCAACAGUCAUCCACAGCCAAGUCUGCCACCUGGACGUACUCUACAGAGCUGAAGAAGCUGUACUGUCAGAUCGCCAAGACGUGUCCCAUCCAGAUCAAGGUGCUGACCAACCCCCCGCAGGGCGCCGUCAUCAGAGCCAUGCCCGUUUACAAGAAGGCAGAGCACGUCACCGAGGUGGUCAAACGCUGCCCCAACCACGAGCUCAGCCGGGAGUUCAACGACGGUCAGAUAGCCCCUCCCAGUCACCUGAUCCGAGUGGAAGGUAACAACCACUCUCAGUAUCUGGAGGACUCCAUCACGGGCCGUCAGAGUGUCUUGGUCCCCUACGAGCCACCUCAGGUGGGCACAGAGUUCACCACCAUCCUCUACAACUUCAUGUGUAACUCCAGCUGUGUGGGAGGCAUGAACCGACGCCCCAUCCUCAUCAUCGUCACCCUGGAAACCAGAGAAGGUCAGGUGCUUGGUCGUCGCUGCUUCGAGGCCAGGAUCUGUGCGUGUCCUGGCCGGGACCGCAAGGCGGACGAGGACAGCAUCCGCAAGCAACAUGUUACUGACGGAACAAAGACCAGUGAGUGUAUGAAACGCCCCUUCCGCCAGGCCCCCCAUGGAAUCCAGAUGUCCUCCGUCAAGAAGAGAAGAUCCACUGAUGAGGAAGUGUUUUGUCUGCCUAUUAAAGGCCGUGAAAUUUAUGAGAUUUUGGUAAAAAUCAAAGAGUCACUGGAACUCAUGCAGUUUCUGCCUCAGCACACUGUCGAGUCAUACAGGCAGCAGCAGCAGAACCUCCUACAGAAACAAUGGGAUCUCUGGGGGGAUGAGAGUAAUGGCCUGUACCCUCCUCUAUCCUGCCCCAGGAGCGGCAUGGCCCCCCAGCCCCAGUAUGGCUCCAGCUCCCCUCCUCCCCCACACGGCAAGGUCAACAAGCUCCCCUCCGUCAGCCAGCUCAUCAACACCCAGCAGCGCAACAUUCUCACCCCGUCCUCCAUGCCCCAAGGCCUGACUGACAUGAGUCCGAUGAUGAGCCACAUGGCGAUGAAUGCUGACAUGUCGACCAUGAGCCCCACCCACGUCCUGCAGCCCCAGUUACCCAUGGUGCCCAGCUCCCACUGCACGCCACCGCCUCCCUACCCUAUGGACAGCAGCAUCUCCAGCUUUCUCCUGCGUCUGGGCUGCGCAGCCUGCCUGGACUACUUCACAGCACAGGGCCUGACCAACAUCUACCAGAUCGAGAACUAUAACUUGGAGGACCUGUCCCGGCUGAAGAUCCCGCAGGAGUUCCAGCACGUCAUCUGGAAGGGCAUCAUGGAGCACCGGCAGAGCAUGGAGUUCUCCCCUCCUCCCCACAUCCUGCGUACCUCAGGCGGCGCCUCCACCGUCAGCGUAGGGUCCUCCGAGGCCCGCGGCGAGCGGGUCAUCGACGCCGUGCGCUUCACCCUGCGCCAGACCAUCUCCUUCCCUCCGCGUGACGACUGGUCCGACUUCUCCUUCGACCUGGACUCCCGACGCAACAAGCAGCAACGCAUCAAGGAAGAGGGGGAAUAGAGGACACACACUCUGGCCCGGAAUUUCAAUCUAAAUCGAGUUGUCGAAAAAAAUGAAAAGCACACUGCAACAAUGGGUCUGUAAAAAGCCAUUUCCCUGACAUUCACAAAGAUCGCUUUUUACAAACGCUGUGGAUGUCAGCUCAAGCAUAUAUUAGCUUUAAAAAAAGAAAGAGUAGAGUGAAGUACUCUUCUCAGCACCUUGGAUUGAAGCCCCUGGCUCGGUCCCCCUUCAUAUGUCCCCUGUUGACCAACCCACUGUCCUAUCACAGUACAGAACAUCUUUGCUUCAGCGUUCUAAAGCUCAGAUAUCCUACACACCAAAAUACUACGCAAAUAAAAAUGCACUUAUUUUUUUUUAAAGCAUUCAUUAGCUGCCAGCUAGAUGAGAGAAAACAGCUAUAUUCUUUAUUUUUUAUCAAAUUUCUUGAGACAAAAGCACUUAAGAAAUGCUUUUGUGAUUGCUUUGAUAUUGUUUUAUAGUGUUCCAUUAUCCAUUCCAAUGUUAACGCAUGACUUGAGAGGAAACUUUUGGGGGGGGUUUUGUUGUUGUUGUUGUUGGCUGAGAUUCAAUCCAAGGCGCGUUAUAGAGCAGGACACUAGACAGCCAAGAUUCUUCCUGACGUUAAGACAUGUAUUUAUGUCAGUGUUUCAGUCUUGCUGUUGACUCACUUGGUAAACCUAGAAGAACCUCACAUUAAACAGGCGAGUGGCGGCAUCUAGUGGCCAUAUUGGUACUGCACCAAACGCUGCUAAAUACAUGUCAAAAUGGAGUCAUAUAUUAACGUCUGCUCAAACCUAAAAUUACGGUCGUCACUAGUUACCAUAGCCACCAAAUCAUAAUUAUGGCGAAACCCUUGCCUAUUUCUAUAAUUUAUCUUCUUAAAAUCUGAUUUUUAACCCUAAACCCACUGCCGACAUUAUGCCCAACCUUAAGAUUAAAAAUCACAUUUUUGUUUUUUCAUGAAUUUUGUGGCUGUGGUAACUAGUGACAACCUUAAAGAACCUUUAAAAGUCAACGUGUACUAUGCCGCUCUAUACAACACGUCGGGUUGAAUCCUCUAUCUCUGCUGCUCAAUACUGGACUGUUAUGGCUGCCUGUUAUUUUUUAGUUCACAACACUGUUUUGACCUGAUUGUAUACACUUCCAAGAUACAUAUUUUUGACUUCCUGUCAAGAGAGAAGUGUUAACGACAUGCUGUAAUGGCUUUCUACUGUGCCUCCCGUGAUGUCCAGGAAACCUGGGAAUGUUAACCCUAGUGUUAGCCAUCGUGUUUAUAAGUACCUAAUGUAUUUCUACGUGAACGAGAAUAAUGCAUCAUCAAACCGUUGUACCUGAAGUAUUUACGUUAGUCAUUACUCAGUAACUGAAACGAACAAGAAACUCAAUAUGCUCAUAGCCCUUGAUGUUGUGAUGGUGGUUAUCAAUAAACGUGAUCGAUUGUGAUGGUGGUUAUCAAUAAACGUGAUGGUGGUUAUCAAUAAACGUGACCGAUUGUGAUGGUGGUUAUCAAUAAACGUGAUCGAUUGUGAUGGUGGUUAUCAAUAAACGUGACCGAUUGGGA